AAUGUCCGUUUAAGCUGGAUUCAAAGACGACGUCGUACUGAAGCAAAUCAAGCACAUUUCGUUCUGCUAUGGUUGCACCCGCGUUCUGCAUAGCGCAGUUUCAGACUAGGGUGACCGAAGCCUAAAAGCCCUGAAAUGGGUUAUCUUAGCAAAGCUUCUAAGACACUGAGGCAAUCAAAUUAUCUGUCUUUGUUGCGCAAUUUCAAUUCCAAUUUCAAUCCAUUAAUCAACAGAAUAACCCAUCAACGCCAUGCACUGUUCUGUUCCCAGUCACGCCAAAACAGCUCCAAAGAGAAAAGCACCAUAGAUUUGAAUCAGUAUCCCCCAGAACUCGUCAGAAACUUCUCAAUAAUUGCACAUGUAGAUCAUGGAAAGUCCACUCUCGCUGAUCGCCUUCUAGAACUCACUGGAACCAUUAAGAAAGGCCAUGGCCAGCCUCAGUAUCUUGAUAAAUUGCAGGUGGAGAGGGAAAGGGGAAUCACGGUUAAAGCACAGACAGCAACAAUGUUCUAUAAGCACAACAUAGAUGGUGGUGAUGGAAAGGAGUCACCUAAUUUUUUGUUGAAUCUUAUUGACACUCCUGGACAUGUGGAUUUUAGUUAUGAAGUGUCAAGGUCACUAGCAGCGUGUCAGGGUGUGCUUUUGGUUGUUGAUGCUGCUCAAGGAGUCCAAGCACAAACUGUUGCUAACUUUUACCUUGCCUUUGAGUCUAACCUAACAAUUGUACCUGUUAUCAACAAGAUUGACCAGCCCACUGCUGAUCCUGAUCGUGUUAAAGCCCAAUUGAAGUCGAUGUUUGAUCUUGACCCAAGUGAUGCAUUGUUGACAUCUGCUAAAACUGGGCAGGGUCUUGAGAAAGUCCUUCCAGCAGUCAUAGAGCGCAUAGCUCCCCCUCCUGGGAGGAGCAGUUCUCCACUACGCAUGCUUUUACUUGAUUCAUAUUAUGAUGAAUACAAAGGGGUAAUAUGCCAUGUUGCCAUUGUUGAUGGUGUCUUGCGCAAGGGGGAUAAGAUUUCUUCUGCUGCUACUGGUCAGUCAUAUGAAGCUUUGGAUAUAGGCAUCAUGCAUCCUGAACUUACUCCUACUGGAAUCUUGCUUACCGGACAAGUUGGUUAUGUUGUAAGUGGCAUGCGGUCCACCAAAGAAGCUCGUGUUGGUGAUACAAUUUACCAUACACGGAGUGCUGUAGAGCCUCUUCCAGGCUUCAAGCCAGCAAAACAUAUGGUGUUCUCUGGUCUUUAUCCAGCAGAUGGAUCUGAUUUUGAAGCGCUAAACCAUGCAAUAGAGAGGCUGAUGUGCAAUGAUGCCAGUGUUUCUAUUACUAAAGAAACUAGCACUGCUCUUGGUCUGGGGUUCAGGUGUGGAUUUUUAGGCCUUUUGCACAUGGACGUUUUUCAUCAACGGCUAGAACAGGAGUAUGGAGCUCAUGUAAUCUCAACUGUUCCUACUGUGCCUUAUAUAUUCGAAUAUUCUGAUGGAAGCAAGUUAGAAGUUCAGAAUCCUGCUUCAUUACCCUCUAACCCCAAGCAACGAGUGACGGCUUGUUGGGAACCUACAGUAAUAGCUACUAUAAUCAUUCCUAGUGAGUAUGUGGGACCUGUUAUUACCCUUGUCUCUGAGCGUAGGGGUCAGCAGUUGGAGCACUCAUUCAUUGACAGUCAACGGGUAUUCAUGAAGUACCGCAUGCCUUUGAGGGAAAUUGUCGUUGACUUUUAUAAUGAAUUGAAGAGUAUAACAUCGGGCUAUGCGUCGUUUGAUUAUGAGGACUCAGAUUAUCAGCUAGCUGAUCUGGUGAAACUUGAUGUUCUCUUGAAUGGACAACCAGUUGAUGCAAUGGCAACCAUUGUUCAUAACAUGAAAGCAUACCGUGUUGGGCGUGAGUUGACAGAGAAAUUGAAGAAAGUCAUAGACAGGCAAAUGUUUGAGAUAACCAUACAAGCUGCCAUUGGGUCAAAAGUCAUAGCAAGGGAGACGAUUUCUGCUUUGAGGAAAAAUGUGCUUGCCAAGUGUUAUGGCGGUGAUGUUACUCGAAAAAGGAAACUGUUGGAGAAGCAAAAGGAAGGAAAGAAGCGAAUGAAACGUGUUGGUUCUGUUGAUAUACCCCAAGAAGCAUUUCAUGAACUAUUGAAGGUUUCUUAGCAGACAAGUUUGAUGAUAUGUGUGUAUUGCACAAUGGUGCCUGACCGAAAUUGAAUGCUGUGGAAUUUGCCAAGUUGAAAGGGCUAAAAACAAUAAAAGAGGAAUAUGAGAAAGCUAUUAACUCCGCUGGCUUAUUCGUUGAUAAAUGGAAAUAACAAAUUUUCUUUGUAACAUUGUUUAAUCCGUAUUCUUCCAUUUACUGAUGUUAUUAUAUGUUAGAAACUGUUGUUUUCUUUCUGACAAGGUCGAUGAAAAUGAAUUGUCGUCGAAUACUUCAUUGAUCUCAGCUACGAUUUUUUGUACAGAAGAUGGAUAUGUUCCCAUUUUU